GGUUGCUGAGGCGCCGGUCGGCGGUGGCGAGGCCGGGUCGGCUGCUUGGGGGAAGCGCGUUCUCGGCGGGCGGCGGCUCCGCUGGGCGAGGGCGGCGGCGCGAGAUGGAGCCGUGACCGGUCCAGUGGGACCUCGUUCCCUGUGGCAGUAAAAACCUGUAUGAGAGAGCAGCAUAUCUUCAUGUAUCCUGCCGAUCACAGAUGAAGACUGUGAGCAUUUGUCUUAUGUUGAUUGGAGAGAGCUGCUGGCAUGGAAGUGAGCUGGAUUUGUCCGUGGGAACUCUGAGUAAGGUUACCAUCACGAAAGCCAAAGUGGAUUUCUCCGGUGUGGUGUGCCUGCCCCCUUCCGUCAUUGCUGGAAAUGGGCUGGACGGAGGAGGGGCUGGCGAAAAUGAUGAUGAGCCGGUGCUGGUGUCACUUUCUGCGGCCCCCAGCCCUCAGAGCGAAGCUGUUGCCAAUGAGCUGCAGGAGCUCUCCUUGCAGCCCGAGCUGACCUUGAACCUCCAUCAUGGCCGAAACCCCAACCUUCCUCCACUCAGUGAAAGGAAGAAUGUGCUGCAGUUGAAGCUCCAGCAGCGACGCACACGGGAGGAGCUGGUGAGCCAAGGGAUCAUGCCGCCUCUGAAAAGUCCAGCUGCAUUUCAUGAACAAAGAAGGAGUUUGGAGCGGGCCAGGACAGAGGACUAUUUGAAACGGAAAAUCCGGUCCCGGCCAGAGAGAUCAGAGCUGGUUAGGAUGCACAUUCUGGAAGAGACCUCAGCUGAACCCUCCUUGCAGGCUAAGCAGCUGAAGCUGAAGAGAGCCAGACUGGCUGAUGACCUCAAUGAAAAGAUAGCGCAGAGGCCAGGUCCCAUGGAGCUGGUGGAGAAGAACAUCUUGCCUGUGGAGUCCAGCCUGAAGGAAGCCAUUAUAGUUGGACAAGUGAACUACCCAAAGGUUGCAGACAAUUCCUCUUUUGAUGAGGACAGCAGUGAUGCCCUCUCCCCAGAACAGCCAGCCAGCCAUGAGUCCCAGGGCUCUGUCCCAUCGCCAAUGGACUCCCGGAUCUGUGAGCCUCUCCCUAACACCACUGGCACAUCACUAGCUCAGGGUACAUCCCAAUUGCAGAUUAGUGUAGACUCCAAUGAAACGCUUUUUCUACCUGAACAGCCACCCCCGCCUCUGCCACCUCCUCCUCUUCUGCCUCCUAAUCUUACAAAUGGAGCCACUCUUCCUGCUGCCAAACCUCCACCAACACUCAUUAAGCAAAGCCAGCCCAAGUCUGCUAGUGAGAAGUCUCAGCGCAGUAAAAAAGCCAAGGAAUUGAAGCCGAAAGUCAAGAAGCUUAAAUAUCAUCAGUAUAUCCCCCCGGACCAAAAGCAGGACAAAGGAGCUCCUCCCAUGGAUUCAUCCUAUGCCAAAAUACUGCAGCAGCAGCAACUCUUUCUCCAGCUUCAAAUCCUCAACCAGCAGCAGCAGCAGCACUACAACUAUCAGACCAUUCUGCCAGCUCCACCAAAGCCUCCAGGUGAGCAGCAGAGUGGUACCAGUGCCCCUGCAGUACGCAAUCUCUCUGCCACAGUCAGCACCACAUCUUCAGUGUCCUCCGGUUCCAGUGGGCUGAUGCGACAAAACAGUAAUGCUGCGGUGGGCAAGCCAGGCCCUCUCCCUGCCAACCUAGAUGAGAUGAAGGUGGCAGAGCUGAAGCAAGAGUUGAAGUUGAGAGCCUUGCCUGUCUCAGGCACGAAGACGGACCUGAUUGAGCGUCUCCGAGCUUACCAAGACCAGAACGGUUCAGCUGGCCAAACAGGCCCUAAUCCCAAACCCAACACAGCAGCCAUUCUCCCCAAAGCUGCCGAGGUGGUGGUGGCCUUCCCAGCUGCUAGGCUGAGCACAGGGCCAGCCCUGGUAACCACUGGCAUUGCUCCAGCAGAAGUAGUUGUGGCAACGGUCACCAGUGGUGGCAUGAUGAAGUUUGGCAGCACAGGCUCAACUCCCCCCGUUUCUCCCACUCCUUCUGAGCGCUCACAGAUUAGUACAGGAGACGAGAACUCAGCCACUGGAGACACCUUUGGGGAGAUGGUGACUUCGCCCCUGACCCAGCUAACCCUGCAGGCAUCUCCAGUGCAGUUUGUGGUGAAGGAAGAAAGCUCCAAGGCUGCCUCCUGCAGUGUAAGUGCAGCACCCAGGUCAGAGCGGUGCAGCACCAGUAACAGUAGAGACGCCGAAGUUCGGGACAAAGACCAGAUGCUGCAGGAGAAGGACAAGCAGAUCGAGGAACUCACUCGCAUGCUGAAGCAGAAGCAGCAGCUGGUUGAGAUGCUUAGACUACAGCUAGAGCAGGAGAAGCGCUCUCAGCAGUCACUAGCGGCCCCGGCUGCUGCGGGAGAUGGAACAGCCCUUCCUUCCAACCCAGUAGCGUUUGGCAUCCAGGUCAAGAGCGAAAACGGUUUCCUAAGUUGCCAGUCCGCAAAGCAAUCCAGUGGCCAAACAGACCAAUUCAGCCCCGCACCAACCGCUAGCCAAAUGGACACUUCGGAUCCAAGCGCAGUGCCAAAGAAAGCCGUGAUGGUGAAGCAGGAGGUGCCAGCCGCGGAAGCAGAGCUGCCGUGCCAGUCCCACAGCCCGCGGCUUUUCCUUGGCCAGCAAGGGAGCGCCCUAAGCGACCUCAUCAAGGGCACUCCUCCCCCCACCCUCAUUACCGAUUCCACAGGGACCCACAUCGUCCUCACCGUGACCAAGCAGAGCACCGAGAGGCAGGGCCUCUCGCCCCACGGGAAGGCGGGGAGUAGUUGCCCAGCCUUGCAGAGAGUACAAUCAUCGCCCUCUAAAACUUCCAGCCAGCCACAGCGUCAGCUACCUGCAAGCACCCCUCAGCAGCCCACGCAGCAGCAGCAGCAGCCCAUACAGCAGCAGCCCACACAGCAGCAGCAGCAACAGCAGCCCAGAGGACUAAACCAAUCUGUCAGAAAGCCCUCAUCGCAGCCCAGCUCUCCUGCUGCCCCUUCCCCAUCCCAGAUGGACCUGGAGCAACAACAGCACCCGUCGCUUUUUGGAACUCCUCCACCUCCUCUCCCUGUUCCCUCGGUCCCAAUGAAAGAGCCUCCAGGCUAUGAAGAGGCAAUGAAGCAACAGCCAAAAGCCCAGGAGGAGAAUGGCUGUUCCAGCCAGCAGAUGGACGACCUGUUUGACAUUCUCAUUGAAAGUGGGGAGAUUUCUGCUGACUUCAAGGAUCAGUCAUCACCUGCCGGGAAAGAACCACCCGUGGCCCCAGCCGCCUCCUCGCCGCCCAGCAGCAACCAUUCCUCAGAGCUGGCGGUGCCAGUGUCCCUGGGGCAGCAGGUGCCCGUGGGCCGGCUGGAGGACUUCCUGGAGAGCAGCACCGGCCUCCCCCUCUUGACAGCAGGCCACGACGGGCCAGAGCCCUUGUCCCUGAUUGACGAUCUCCACAGUGAGAUGCUGAGCAGCUCAGCCAUCCUGGACCACCCGCCUUCACCAAUGGACACCUCGGAAUUGCACUUUGCUCACGAGCCGGCCGGGGGCAUAGCCCUGGAUCUGGCUGAGGCUAACUUGGACAGCAUGGACUGGCUGGAGCUGCCGGGGGGGCCUGUCAUGAGCCUGGCUCCCCUUAGCACUGCCGCUCCCAGCCUCUUUUCCACAGACUUCCUUGAUGGACAUGAUCUGCAGCUGCACUGGGAUUCUUGCUUGUAACUCUGUGAGCAGAGACUGAAGGGAAUGGGCGUGGGAGGGCACGGGCACGUGGCGGGGCGGGGGGAAGAGGGCAGUCAACCAAAAAAACCCAGAGCUCCUAAUACUUGUGCUCCUCCCCCAACAGUGACCUUCCUGUGCGAAGCCAGCAGUGGCCGCAAAAGGAGACUCGGUCCUUGAGUCACUGCUGCCAGGGCAGUGGGCAGCCGGGUGGGCUGGGCAAGGAGGAGGGCUGCUGGGGGGCAGAGACUGCAGGGGCUCUGGGGCUGUCGUGGCAGCCCGGACCCUGCUUGGGAGCUGGGCUGAGAAAGGAGCCGGCGCCUGGGGCGGGAUGCCGCAGGCCGGGAGCUCCCUCGCACCGUGAUGUGGUGGGACUGGGCCUGUGUCCCCUUCGCCAGGAAGCAGUACCUUGCUGGGGCUGGCAGAUACAGGGGGUUACGGUGUCCUGGGACAGCUGAUGUGACGGUUGUGGAAGGGGAUUUUACCUCGAGCAGCGUGUAAAAGAGGGCAAGCUGCCUGUGGGGCGGGGGGCUCCGCCCGGUGUGCCGUCUCUAAAGGGCAGGGUCUGGUCUGCUGCUGGGGUGAGAGAGGCAGGAGGCAGAACUGGCACUUUGUCCCAGCGUAGCCAAAGGGAACCAGGGUUCCCCACCAGCGCGUUGUUGUUGUUGGCACCUUUGUUGUUCGUCAGCUUCAGGUUCCUAAAAGAGAUCUCCUGCCUCAUCCAGUGAGCCCCGGUGUUGGACAAUUCGGGGUGAACAUAAACCUUGUUGCCUGGGGGAAAAAGGCCCAAAUUAGUAAGAGAAACCCGAGAAGCUGUGCGCAGAGGCUUUGGGGCACCCUGGCGCAGCAAGGCAAGGGAAGCAAGCUGCAAGCAGCGCUCAAGCCCUGGCUGCCCCCGUGGCAGGAUGCCGAGGCGGCGGGAGCGCUUUUCCGGGAGCCUCCGCGGCCCGCACGUAGCUUGCAUGUUGUUGUCGACUUUGCCGCAGGUCACCCGCUUGCCCCCCUGGAAGCGCCAGUGGUUGAGGUCCUCCAGCACCACCUCCACGAACACGUUGUAGUGAGCCGUGGGGUUGAGGCUGGUGAUGUUAAAACUCAGGAAAGGGAACAUGUGCCUGUGGAGGGGAGAAAAAAAAGCGCCUCGCAUGCGAGGAGGGCUUCUGAGCUGGUUUCCCAAAUACCGCUGAGUUUGGCAGAGGCCUCCCUACUUGCGACACUUGCUUUGGGCUGCAAAACAGAUUUUAAGGUGCUAAAAUCCAGGUCCUUAUAUGUUAAAUCUGCCUUGCUGCCUCAGGCGCCCGGCCGUGCGUGGAGUCCGCCCUUCAGGCACUCUCCCCUUUGGCUUCCAGCUCAUUCCCAGUCAGGUCACUUGUGACAGGCUCCCCCGGCUCUUAGUAGCCCGGCAUGGGGCAGGGCUGCGCGAGGCCACCAGCCUGUGGCAGGCCUAGAGCCAAGUAAGCAUCCGCGUGCCCUGGUAGAGGGCCAAGGGGCACAGCUGGCAACGAGGAACGUAUCAUCAGGGGCCACAUGCGAUUUGUCUCCAGCCUUUAGCUGUGCUCUUGUCUCCCUGUACAGCUCAUGUGCCAGUGGAAAGGAGCCCCUCAGCCCCGGUGUGCCCUGAGCCAGGAAAGGGUGGCCGUGCUGGGUGGGGAGCGUUGCUUGGCGCGACACAGGGCCUUGCUCAGCAGCGAGCUGCGAAGGCUCCUUGCCUGAAAUGGUGGGCAGCAAAGCUCGGUUGUGCUGCAGUGAAACCUCUGCGCUUCCCGCCUGGCCCCCAGGGUAGAAGGCGCAAGCAAAUGGCUGCGUCCUGCAAGCUGCCACCCUCUGCAGAAGCUGCUGCUGCUGUGUAAGUCCCCCAGGCUGGUGUGCAAGGAGAGCUGCUGGCUGCUGAGCCGGAGGAGGUUGUGCCCCAAACCCCUGCGGUGAUGUGAAGAUGAUGGAUACUCCUGCCUGCGCGUUUUUUUUUUUUUUUUUUUUUUUUUUUUUUUUUUUUUU